CCGCUGGCGCUGCUGCUGGCCAUGGGCUACCCGCAGAGCCGCGCGCAGCAGGCGCUGGCGGCGGCGGGGAACGACGUGCAGCGCGCCGUGGAGUGCCUGGAGGCCGAGGCGGCGUCCUCUUCGGAGAACGACGGCGGCAUUUGCGGGGUUUGCGCCAUCUGUACAGAGCCGCUGCAGCCCCGCGACGCCGCCAUGCGCUGUGCCGGCCGAGGGGGAGGCCACCACUACGGGCACGCGGCCUGUCUGGGGCAGUGGGUGGAGCAAUGCCGGGCGCGGCAGCAGGAGCCCAGCUGUCCGGAGUGCCGGGGUCCGCUGCAGCUGAGACGCCGGCGGAUCCAGGAUUUCCUGCAGGAGCCUGCCAGCAAGCGGGCGCCGCAGCAAACGCAGGUCUUGAGGGAAGUGCUGGAGCGCGUGCCGGAUGGCGACGAGUGGCAAGACGUCGACUGGUGCCAGGUGGCGGGCUUUGCCGCCCUGGUGGCCGGCGGGCUGCUGGCUGCGGGCCUCUUUGCGGGGCUGCUGAUCCAGGACAAGAAGCGACAGGACCGGGACCGACAGGAGGGCUAGACGAUGCAAGAAUCGGACCCGAAUACCAUCGAAUCUCAAGCCGGUUCUAUGAGAAGGGCUGGGCCAUGGUGCAAACAUGUGC